CUUAAAUAGACCAGCUCUGUGCGGUGGCAGCUCAGUUGGUGUGAAAGGCAGCAGGUGACAAAGAGGCCCCAGAAAGAUGGGAUCUUAUCAAAGCCAACCUGAACAGGAACCUGCACCAGAACCACAAAGUCAUGAUUCUGAAGCACAACACAAAGCUCAUGAUCCUGAAGCAGAAGCUAAAUCUUAUCCGAUCCCUUACUUCACCUCCAUCUCAGGUGGGCUGCAGCCAUCCCAGGUCAUCAGUGUGUCAGGCACUGUGCUGCCCAAUGCUACGAGGUUCUAUAUCAACCUGUGCACUGAUAGCAACAUUGCCUUUCACCUGAACCCUCGAUUCGAUGAAAACACCGUGGUCCGGAACAGUCAAAUCCAGGGCCACUGGGGGACAGAAGAGCGAAGGCUGCCUAUCACCAUGCCCUUCACUCCAGGAAAGAGCUUCAAAGUGGAGAUCAUAUGCGAAGCCCACUGCUACAGGGUGGCCGUGAAUGGCCAACACCUGCUGGAAUACAUUUACCGCCUGAAGGACCUGUCAGCUGUCAAAGGCCUGGAAAUAAAUGGUGACAUCAAGCUUAUGGAUGUGCAGGUUCAUGCGGUCUCGAGGGCCCAGUAAAGGGCUGGGAACGUGGCUGUCUAUGUCUCCUUCCUGUCCACUUCCUUUCUCAGCCCCAGCUUCUGAGCCCUACCAUCUGAGCAGAUGGUGGCCCAAGGUUUGACACACAGCUGAGCUUGCAGGCGCAUUCCUCUGGCAGUGAGGGAGGACCUGAGCCUUCCAUACAUCCAGCCCAGGCCCAUCCUGCACAAGGCUCUCACACACCUUCCCUGCUCUCUGUGCGAUCCCAUGCUGGUCCCAAGUCACAGCUGCAGCACUGGAGGGAAAAGGUGACAUCCACAGCCCUCCAUUCUUGUGACCUUUAAUUUCCCUCCUUGGCUUUGCACCCUGCCUCAAUACUGCUCCCUCUGGGGAGGCUCCCUUGGUGAAGUCCUGCUGGCUUCCACCAACUGAGCACCAACUUCCUCAGUGCUGUGCACUUCCCUUCCCUGGCCUCUUUAAAAUAAAGAAAAGGAAAUGCUAUUGUUACUGGCA